AUGUCGGCGAUUGUCGACGCCGUGUUUGCCUCGUACGACGUCCGGAACGCCACGCGAUGGCGAGAAGAGGACCGCCGGCAUCGCGAGCAGGAGAAACAGUGGCGCGAAGACGCGAUCCGACGCGAGAGCGAGUGGCGGCGCGCCGACGUCGAGCGCGAGCGCCGCGUGGCGAAACUCGAGUCCGAGAAGCGCCUGUUGCACGCGCGGCGGCAGCAGCUGCAGACGAUUUCGCAGCUCUCGGCCAUACUCUCGUUCUUCUCGAUGCGCUUCUUGCAGGACAUUCGCACGCUCGAGGACGACACGAGCGCUCUGCUCGUUGUGCUCUACGGCACGAUCAGCUGCCUCGAGUUCCUCUGCAUGCUGCUCUGCACGCUCACGUGCACGUUGCUGCUGCUGGCGAUCACGCGGUUCGUCGUGCAUACGCUCGAGGGCGAAGUCGGCCGCCUCUCGGCCGCCGAGCUCGACACGCGGUCGCCGGUCACGACGUGGUGGGUCGCCACGUGCGAGCGCGAGUGGCUGCUGGCGUUCCACCUGUUCCGCACGGCCGCGUCCUUCUUCCUCGUCGCCAUUGCCUUGAGCAGCUGGAUCGUGUUUGUCACGUCGACAGUCGCUGCAACGGUCGUCUCAGUGCUCUGUGCCUGUGGACUGCUGUACUACAAUCUGCGGUUCGCGAGUCGGUGGCGCUACCUCGUCCAGCCCACGAACAACAACGACAACAACGACAACAACAACAACAGCAGCAGCAGCAGCAGCAGAGGACCGAGCGUUGCGGUGCCAGUGUGA